CUGUCGGCUAACCGGUGUACCACCUGAUAACGCAUUGCUGAAAGCACUGAACGAUUACAGCGACCAUAUUCUAAAUGCAGCAAGGCUCAAGCGAGCAGCGCAGUCAACUCUGUGCACUGUGCUGGCAGAAAUGGCUGUGGAGAACAGAAUUGCGAGAAACUAUGCAAGAGGCGUGGGCGCUCUGAUGGUUCUACCAUUCCUUGUCAAUGAGCGAGGGGACGACAUGUUCACAAAAAUGACACCAGGACAGGAGUUUGCCCACCCCACAUUGCUGUACACUGGCGACAGCCCCAUGUCUUCCGAGGCCAUGUGUGUGAAGUGUGAGGACGUAUGCGUUGAUGUACUGGACUUCACUUCUGGUGUAGUAGUGUUAUUUUCUAUGUACUGGGCAUUCAACAUCGAAUACGUCAGCUCUGCAAAGCAGACGCUCUCAUUGCUAGAGCACAUGAUGCAAAUCAGAACAAAAACAACAAAGCUAGGCACCAAAGCACUUAAAGUCCUAACAGCAUUGAAAGCACGGUCAGCCGCAGCAACUAAAGAAACAGCAGCCAGUGUUGAACAAGCUGUUGAGCAGGCUGAGAAAGCUCACCAAGUCACCAAAGUCUGAGUGUUCUUGGGAUACACCUCGCUGUAUCCACGUAGCCUCUCUUUUUUUUUUCUUUUUUAACAGUCAGGCUGUUUCGCUGAUCUUAGCCUUGGAUUAUACAGCUGAGGAGUGCAGUAGCCAGCCAAACCUAAAAAUUUUUCUUGUUUUAAUGUUGUUCAUAGUUAGUUUUUAUUAUGGCGACAUAAAGCAAAUACUCACCAAUUAUAUUUUUUUUAUAAAUAAAAUUAUUUCGAGGCCAGCAUGGGUUCCUCGUUUGCAAAUGACAGGAGAGGCAGUGGCUUGGUUCUGUGCAGGGGUGGUGACGGAGAGCGCAUGCAUAGAUGUCAAGCAGGCUAUCGUGUCACUUCUGUCGCUUAGCGUAUCAUCUGAAGAUGCUGUGAUAUUAGCGGUAGUUGCGUUGGUACUACAGUAGCUAUAACGAAUUUCUAGUCUUAGUCUAUAGAAUUACCUAUCUUCUCCUGGUGUUUGGAGUGUUAUCAAGGCCAGUGACUUUUCAGCAGAACCGGAACAUUUCUUUUGUAAGCUAUAGAUUCUUGCAAUUGUAUAAACAUACGUAUCUUCUGCCGGUUUUAGUUCUGUUCUUGUUCUUUUUUUUUGUUUUGUUGAAAAUUGCUUCUCCAUUGUGUUAGCGUUACUUUUGCUUGUUUUUAAUUUAUUACUGUUAUUUAUUGUCUGUCAUUACGAAAAUGCCCCUCCUGCUAGGGCCAAAGAAUUGGCCUGCAGUAUGGUUCAAUAAAUAAAUAAAUAUGUCUUGGAAACGGUUGCGUUUGGCAACUUCGUGCUGAUGCUGCUUUAGGCACUUUUUGAAGUUUUCAGAUUUGCCAGUGUACAUUGAAUCUCAUUUUUUGCAUAGGAAUUUAUACAUGACACCAAGGAAGUUCUUCACGUGCACCAUUUCAUCACUUAGCUUGCUGGAAAGGACAUGCGCCACACAAACACUGCAGUCAUUCAACACUCUGGUAAAAGGCCCGCUCAUGUCACCUGCAUACAGGAUGG